AUAAAAUGUGGUAUACGUGAAGGAGCGCAGGCUGUGAGUAUAGUAUAAUCUGUCUGUUAUGUUAUGACAAAACAAAGAAAACGCCUUAACGGCAAAAUGAAUAAUCAAUGAUGCGUUAUGCGUUUUUCUUGUUGUAACUGAAACAGAAACAGAUCUUGCAUUGCAUAAACCCUAUUAGAUUCUUUUCUCUCCAUUCUCUUUCUCUUUCUCUUUCUCUUUCUCUUUCUUUUCCGUUACUUUCUUUCCCGGGAAAAUCUACAAUCCCAACCUGUUCCAGAUCUUUCUUCCACUUUCUAACCGUUUCUUCCUCGCAUUCCAUUCAAUUCACAUUUUCUCGUUCUUCCGAUUCAUUCAUCACACUGCGAUUUUCCAGUUCGCGGUCGUCGUGGUGAUGAUCAUGAUGAUGAUGAUGCAGUGUUCGUCAUCGUCGUUGUUGUAACACUGCAUCAAUCAAUCACGAAGAAGAAUUGGAAAAUGGAUGAUAGAGGUGGUUCUUUCGUCGCUGUUCGCAGAAUUUCUCAAGGUCUUGAUCGUGGAAACGCUUACCAUUCAUCUUCUGCUGAGUUUGUGACAGGAUCAACGGCAUGGAUUGGCCGAGGUUUGUCUUGUGUAUGUGCACAGAGAAGAGAGAGCGAUGCUCGACUCUCUUUUGAUUUAACUCCAUACCAGGAAGAAUGCUUGCAGAGGCUUCAGAGUCGUAUAGAUGUUCCAUAUGAUAGUUCUAUCCCUGAGCACCAGGCAUCCUUAAGGGCUUUAUGGAAUGCUGCAUUUCCUGAAGAAGAACUCAAUGGCUUGAUUUCAGAGCAGUGGAAAGACAUGGGCUGGCAAGGGAAGGAUCCAUCAACAGAUUUUAGGGGUGGUGGUUACAUAUCAUUGGAGAAUUUGCUGUUUUUUGCCAGGAAUUUCCCAAAAUCUUUUCAAGAUCUUUUGCGGAAGCAGGAAGGAGAUCGUUCAGUGUGGGAGUACCCGUUUGCGGUUGCUGGUGUUAACAUUACAUUCAUGCUUAUUCAAAUGCUAGAUCUUGAAGCAGUUAAGCCACGGACACUGGUGGGAGCAACUUUCUUAAAAUUCCUUGCAGAAAAUGAGUCGGCCUUUGAUCUUCUCUAUUGCAUAACAUUCAAGCUGAUGGACAAUCAAUGGCUUUCCAUGCACGCGUCAUACAUGGAUUUUAAUACAGUGAUGAAAUCUACACGCCGUCAGCUGGAGAAAGAACUUCUCCUUGAAGACCUUACACAACUAGAAGAUGUACCCUCAUACAAACUUCUCACACGAUAGAGAUCAACACAUAGUCCGCCAGUCUAGUUUUAACUUGAAGGUUGUUGUACUUGAUGUGAUGUUACUCGUAUUUCCGCUCUUCCCACUUCAACAUUUAACUAACAUUUGAGCAAAGACCGAGGUGAGCCAUGUGUGAUAUCAUCAAGGGUCUGGAGGCAUAGUUAAGAUUUAAAUCCUGUUGGAGGAUGUAUUGCUGGCUGACAUACUGCCAGGGGAGUCUGAAAUGUAGGUUUGCUUUGCUUGGUAUUGAAAAGAUUAGAUUGUAAUGAUUGUGGUUUGCCUAUAUAUUUCGUUAAUGUCCAUUAAUGGGAAAAUACGGAUUGCAGUAUCAUAAUUCAGGCAGGUUUACUAAAGUUGGUUGCAACUGCUGCCCUUGUUCGUAUGCUGCAUAUUUGUUUGAGUAAAAACACAGCGUUUGAGUUGAUGAAUGCUAGUAUUUCGACUACUCGGUUUUGCUAAAAGUAUAGUUUAUUUUAUA